AUGUCUUGGGCGUGUUUGGUGUCUCUUGAGACGGUACCCAAGGAUGAAAAGUUUUCUGCCAGCAGAAAGGACAUAAAAGGUAAGAAAAUAGGUUUUGUUUUUUCCAAGCCAGCACGGUAUCGCAGGUAACAUCACAUUUAGUUUAGGAAGGCAUGUCUUUGGAAAAACCCAUUACAGUCCACUAGUUUUUUUUAAGAUCGUCAGGAUUGAGCGCUUACCAAUCCGCAAUCAAUUCCGUGCUUAGCUCUGUAGCUAAUGAUGCUUCACGCGGCAACCCUCAGCUGUCUGCGCUCUCUCCUCUCAUCCCACUGCGCAUGCUCCUCUCUCCUCUCCUCACACGCCUGAGUGCCUGCCUUGAAUGCAAGCCUCCAGAGCUGUCCGUUUACGAGAGUGUUCGUUAGGAGACAUUCAGACUGUAUUAAAAACCUUCGUUCCAGGUUAUUUGAUGCAAUAACUGGUUUCUUUCAAAUUUUUGAACUUCCGUGUCGAGCCAAUUACCAUUUCCCACCUCCAGGUGGUUCAAAUCAAAGGAAGACUAUCGUCAACUCGUGGGUACGUUGUUUAGAAAAUAGUCAAACAUUUAUCAAGUCUUGCUUCCCACAGCAAAUUGCAGGAAAUGAUCAAAUUCAGAUUGUUUAUCCAGGACGGUCUACAACACGAAUCGAUAUAUCUGUAUUUUUAAGUUUAUUAGUUCUUGUUUUUACAAUGUGAAUAUUAUUAGUCCAACAAAAGUAAGUUGAAAGAGUCCUUUUUCUAACAGGGCUACUUUUACCACAGGGAGGCCACAAAAUCUGUUUGUGUAGCCGAUUGUUAUCUUAUAUUAAUGUACUGGAUUUACCGUUUGCCUCACCUAUAGCGAUAUAUCGCUAACUAUGUAUAUAAAUCAAUGAUAAAUAAACGUUGAAUUACCUUACCUGUGGUAUGUAGUCGUCCUUUUGCCUCAAAAGCGGCUUUUUGAGCGAUUUUUUGAGCGAUUUUGAAGGAGUUUGAGUUCGCCGUUGACUGUUCCUUAUAAUAGAAGGACACUUGUCCUUCAGGUAAUUCAACGUUUAUUUUUCAUUGAUUUAUAUAUAAAACUUAAAAUGUGAUAUGUCUUAACAUUAACAGUUACGUGUCAUAAUUCCGAAGUAUUUGUAUGUAAUUAAUGACCCGCCUUGUAAUUCAGUUUAUGCUGCAAAAAGGUUGAAUAAACUACCAUCAUCAUUAUUAUUAUUAUUAUUAUAUACAUAUAUAGUUACCGACAUAUCGCUAUAGGUGAGGCAAACGGUAAAUCCAGUACAUUUACUAUAAGGUUCUUCAACAAAAAUGACUGAAUCGGUUACAUAAACAGAUUGUGUGGGCCCCCUGUGACUACACCAGGAAGGUUUCCUGCUAAAAACGAUUCUGUUGAGUUGAUUGUUUAGGGCGCUUUGAAGCUAUUUGUCUCCACGUGACAAGAUGUCAUUGAUUGUGUUCGUGAUCCACAAUGAUACACAGCUGAUAACUGGUUAGUGGGGCUCAUGGAAAGACAAAGCUGCCAAAAUGAAAAAACAAUGUCUCCCUCUCGAAACCUCUCUCUAACGUUCGCUACCUUCCAAUAAUACUUAACCUUACAACUGACAUGACAAGCAAAUGAGGAACUUACCGGCUGCGGUACAGAAACUAUGAAACUGCUGAAACUGUCCCUCUUUUGACUCUCGACUGCCAACCUCAUUCAAAACAUUCACGAAUGUCUCACCAAGAGGUCGCAUAUUCAAGAAUGCUAAGAAAGUCUUAAACAAGUUUAUCUCCAUUUCCUUUUAAAGCGUGUUCAGAAAGAAUCAUAGCUUUUUACUUUCUAGCGCUCACAACAUUUUCGGAUGAAAAAUUUUGGCCGCCAUUUUACUACGCGGCGGGGACUGGGAACUGGUAAAACAGCGAAAAAAACUUAAAAACUACCAAACAAAUUACCGAACAAACUACCCGACAAAUCGAGUUCUCCGGACGCUUUCAGGGCAAAAAUAGGUAGCUGCCCUAUGCGGGCCGCAACUAGAAAUACGUGAAUCGCAGAGCCUCGCGGAUUAGAGGUUAAAGGGUCAGAAGUAGAAAUAAAUGAAAAGAAGCCAAUAGGAAAAAGAAUAUAUCAAAUAUAUUAAAAAAACAACAACAAUAAAAAAAGUAAGCAAGCAAAACAAGAGAACAAAGUAAAAAUAGAAAGGGUACUAAGUAGGAUUCGAAAUCACCUUCGGCUCGACGCGACUCAGUCUACCACUACAGUACUAAGGAUGAUUAAGUAUGUCUUGUGAAAAGCCGUUUGCCAUGGAACUUCCUCCGUCUUUCAUUAACGGGCUAUUGACAGUUAAUACCAAUGUAAACGCAUUUCAUGGCAGUGAAAGAACAUAUGCCCAAAAAAGCGGAUACAACUCGUCUGUGAAGGACGCAAAACAUGUGUUUUCUUAUCUCGAUUUGGAAGCUUAUGUUCAAAAUCAUCCAAGUGUUAGGAAUUGGGAUUUUACCGGAGCAAAAUAUUUUCACUUUUGUUUUCUUUACAAUAAAACAGGUGCCAACUCCUCAGAGUGGUUUGAACCGGCCGAAGACGAGGCUUACAAGAGAACAAUAGUACUUUUCCGCAACAAGAGUAAAGCCAAGGUCAAGUCGUCGAAGACUAAGAGUGCUGCUUCUACUGGUGGGGGUUAUGGUGGGACUGGUGGUGGGGGCUGGGGUGGGACUGGUGGUGGGGGCUGGGGUGCGACUGGUGGUGGGGGCUGGGGUGCGACUGGUGGUGGGGGCAGAGGUGCAACUGGUGGUGGGAGCCGAGGUGGGUAUGGGCAUGGCAGUAGUAGUGGGGCUGGGGCCAGUGGGUCCAGUGGACGUGGUUCCCAAUGCAGGUCGAAACCAAACGAUCCUGGCUACAUAUAUAUCAUACAAAUGAGUGGCUAUUACGAUGCACCCCCCCAAAGGUACGUAGCGCCACCGUUCGCGAAGGUGGGUUUUACAAACAAUUGCCAGGAACGAUUACAAAACCUUCAAGCUGGCAACCCUUUCCAAAUGACAUGUUAUCAAACUUUCCAUGUUUGCAAAAAGAAGGAUGCAGAAAAGGCGGCCCACAAGGAAAUAGGUCGCUAUAGAGUUCAAAUGCGUGGGGGAACAGAAUGGUUUUUUUACAUAUCAUUA